GACGGGUUUUUGUUCGGAUUUUUAUCUGAAAACAAAGGAGAAAUUCUCCUCGGUUAGAGUUGUGGCCGUGAGGUUUCAUGGCAUAAGAAGGGAUUCCCUUCAGUAGCAAGCAUCGCGUUAACGAGUACGGUUCGGGCAGAUUUUUAUCCGCCGGGAAUUUGCGAAUUAUGGACGACUACGAAGAAGCUGGGCUAAAGCCUGGCAGUGAGAUUUUGAAUCGCAGAAGAAAUAAGAAACCCAUGGUGGUCCUGAUGGUUUUUAAGAAAAAGAAGAAAAAGUUCCGAGAAUAAUCGAAGAAAACAAGAGUUGUAAUCAGUAAAAUUAAAAAAAAAAUAUCAAGGGCAAAGUUUUCUAGUAUAAAGUAUGUGUAAUCAGCCAAGAGUGUUUCGGUGUCCAAAAAAAAAAAAAAAAAGAUAAAUCUUUUUUUUCCUCCCAGGAAGGGGGAAAUGUAACCAUGUUACAACUUUGCCUUCAAUACCGGUUAAAUUAAAUAAAUAGCUUGUGCUAGCCUUAACCGAAGAUCACCGCACGAUCGAUUUCGGCACCCCUUUAAUAACACCAGCGCCCCUAGCGGGAAAGCCGAGAAGUAGUCAUUUCCAUCCAACCACCGAUCAGCGAUCACCUCGCUUUCAACAAGUGAUCACUAACAUUAAAGUCUACAAUAAAAAGAUCCCGAUGUGUAAGUGGGACCUGUUGGCCCGUCUGGCUUUGGGGGGGUACUAUAGUGCUCUGGGAACGAGGAGCGGUCUCUUUCGAUUCGAUCGGUGAACGAACAACAUCUUGCGAGAAGUGAAGUCUAGUUUUUCAGUGGCUGUUAGUUAACCGUACAGCUAAUAAUCGAAUCCCCCAAGUGGAAAUUGGAACGUCUAGUUAGGCCCAGUGCAUCGUUUCGCUGCGUUGUUCGUGAGUAAAAGAAAUGUGCUUGCCCCGACCUCGUGUGUAAUCUUAUUGUACUAUUUAGGAUUGCGUAGCGGCAGCGCUGGAAGACUGUAGUACAGCCUGCGAACCGGCACGUCCGUCGCUCGUGGCCAGGUAAUAAUUGCGUAGUUGUUGGAUUGUGAAGAUUUUUAGCUAAUGUGUUAAUUCGAUGAAGGACCUUAUCCUUCUAACGAAGGUGCUAGUCCAGGGCAGGUGCAGGGUUCGACGAACAUCACGUCGUUCCUGCGGGACGGUCCGGAGACCCGGAGGGUCCGGUCCCGAAACCCGUGUGCGCAUCUGCGGGCCAGGAAGAUCCACACUUCCAGGAGGAAUCGCCCGGUCGCCAAUUGCCGGCCAUUCGCUCCGCGGCCACGAAGCAACGAAACACGUGGUACCCACGGCGGCAUCACCAAUAGCGCCGCUCAUCAUCACCACGUGCACGCGCGCACCUCGAGCGCGAGAGCGUAAGACUGAUCAGCCGCUGACAACAAACGAAGCCGAGACACGAACCGCUGCUGCUGCCUUGCCGCCGCCGAAGCUGUUAUACCAGGUUAGAUCCACCCAUUUCUACUCGUGAGGCUAAUAAUUAGGAAACAAACUACCGUACAAACACUAACCGCUGUAAGCAAACAGGGAACAAGCUAGUAGGAGAUUUACCCCAAACCGAAAUGUGUUAUACUGCUACGAAGCAGGACCGUAUGACUAAAAGACGACGCGUCGCACAGGUGAAAUUCACCCUCCCAGUCCUGAAAUACAAAAACCAAUCUUCAGACGAGUGUUUUAGUGAAUCGUGAGAUGAGAAUUGAUUCUUAACUUAGUUCUCAAUUAGAUUUAAAUGUCCCUUGGUUCUAUUGUUUUGGGCUUUACUUUGGGGUGCUUUUGGGAGUGUAGAGUUGGCCUGUUCGACGAUUGGAUGAAUUUGGAGUGUAAUUUCAACGACUCGCCCUGAGCGAGCUUGCCGGGACCGUAAUCGAUCGUGCCGCUUUGCAGGUCAAUUCGCUACGGGUUGGCCUGGCGCUUAAGCAAAGCGUGUUCUAAAACCUAUUCCCCUCACUCCGAGACG